AUGCGACCGAGAGACCCAUCUGUUGGAGGACAUCAUAAAGGAGCUCAUAGUAGUACUAUUCCUUCGUAUGGAUGUGUUCCUCUCCAUGCUCUCUCAUUAGGGGAGGAUCAUAAAGAGUAUUGCUUGCUAGCAGAGAGAAAUCUGCGCGCAAAAGUUUCAGUGAGACCUAAGAAACACAGCCCAGUGCUUUCUUCCUCUGCUUCUUCUGUUGAAUUGAGAGCUUCAGACAUGGAAAGAGAGAGAAAAGAUGGAUCCUCUCCUAGAGGAGUUAUAGAAGCUUGCUUAACAGGCUUGGAGUCCAACUCAGAUUCUACUAAAAACAGCACUGACGAAUCAGAAGUUCCUCGUUCAAGGCCACUUUCCAACUGGAGUAAAUUCUUCAAGUCAUGGAAAAGAUUUUCGCUAAAACGCUUACCCUCAUUUAUUCCUCCCCCAGUGCCCAAGGCACCAAGACAUAAGAGCAGGAGUACAAGAGAAAACACAGCUUUGAGAAAUUUAUACAACUUCAAGUCGAAAUUGCAGCAUUUCACUUUUGCUGAGCUCAAAAUUGCAACAAAUAAUUUUAGCCACGAGAACUUAAUUGGAAAAGGAGGCUUUGCUGAGGUUUACAAGGGUUGUUUGCCAGAUGGAAAAUUAGUAGCCAUAAAGCGGCUUACAAAAGGAACUCUUGACGAGAAGACUGCUGGCUUUCUAAAUGAGCUUGGCAUUAUAGCCCAUGUUGACCAUCCGAAUACUGCUAAGCUGCUUGGGUGUGGCAUUGAUGAGGGGAUGCACCUUGUUUUUGAAUUGUCUCCAUUAGGGAGUUUAGGAUCUGCUCUUCAUGGUUCACAAGUCAAGCUUGAUUGGAGUAAAAGGUAUUGGAAUUUUAUGACAUUUGUAUGCAUGGAUUUAAAUGCUACUUGUCGUGCUGUCUUUUAUGACUGUCAACCGAUUUGCGAUUUCGGACUAGCAAAGUGGCUACCGACACAGUGGACUCAUCAUAAUGUAUCCAAAUUUGAAGGCACAUUUGGCUACUUUGCACCGGAAUACUAUAUGCAUGGCAUAGUCGAUGAGAAAACCGAUAUAUAUGCAUUUGGGGUACUACUUUUGGAGCUCAUAACAGGACGUCGGCCUGUGGAUCAUUUACAACAAAGCCUUGUGGCAAAGCCUUUUCUGGAUAACAAUGAUACUAAGGAGCUUGCUGACCCUUUUCUUGGUGACAAUUAUGAUCUAGAAGAGAUGGAUCGUGUGGUUUUGACUGCCUCUUUGUGCAUUGAGCAGUCUCCAGUCCUACGCCCUCGAAUGAAGUGUGCCAAAAAAGGUAAAGGGCGUUCUCUCCUAAGAACUUAUUCAGAAGAGAUCUUCGAUGCUCAAGAUUACAACUCAACUAAGUAUCUCAACAAUCUCAAACGACACAAGGAGCUUGCUUUGGGUUCUUGA